GGGGAAAUUCCCAGAUGGCCAGACACAGGUUAUGCGGGAGCUCUCUUGGUACAGGAACUGGAAGAGGAAGAGGCUUUCCGUCCCUGCCCCCUCAAACUGGGGGGCGCACCCCGGCUCCCCAGCAUCAACAUGCCACCCCACCUCUCAGCACCACGCCCCACUCCAGCCGGAGCUCACCAAGCAGCUCCCCAUCUCUGCGGAAGCGGCUGCAGCUCUUGCCCCCAAGUCGGCCCCCUCCCCCUCCUGAGCCAGAACCAGGCACCAUGGUGGAAAAGGGGUCUGAUAGCUCCUCGGAGAAGGGUGGGGUACCUGGGACCCCCAGCACCCAGAGCCUGGGCAGCAGGAACUUCAUCCGCAACAGCAAGAAGAUGCAGAGCUGGUACAGUAUGCUGAGCCCCACGUAUAAACAACGCAAUGAAGACUUCAGGAAGCUAUUCAGCAAGCUCCCUGAGGCCGAGCGCCUCAUUGUGGAUUACUCAUGCGCCCUGCAGCGGGAGAUCCUUCUCCAGGGCCGACUCUACCUCUCUGAGAACUGGAUAUGCUUCUACAGCAACAUCUUCCGUUGGGAGACCGCGAUUUCCAUCCAGUUGAAGGAAGUAACUUGUCUGAAGAAGGAAAAGACUGCCAAGCUGAUCCCCAAUGCCAUUCAAAUCUGUACUGAGAGCGAGAAGCACUUCUUCACCUCCUUUGGGGCCCGGGACCGCUGCUUCCUCCUCAUCUUCCGUCUCUGGCAGAAUGCACUGCUUGAAAAGACCCUGAGUCCCCGCGAACUCUGGCACCUGGUCCAUCAGUGCUAUGGCUCAGAGCUGGGCCUCACCAGUGAAGACGAAGACUAUGUCUGCCCCCUGCAGCUCAAUGGUCUGGGGAGUCCCAAAGAGGUAGGAGAUGUGAUUGCUCUCAGUGACAUCACCCCCUCAGGGGCAGGUGACCGCAGUCAGGAGCCAAGCCCUGUGGGUUCCCGGCGUGGGCAUGUCACCCCUAAUCUCUCCCGAGCCAGCAGUGAUGCAGACCAUGGGGUAGAAGAGGACAAGGAGGAGCAGACUGACAACCAGCUGGAUGCCUCCUCAAGCCAGACAGUGACCCCGGUAGCAGAGCCCCCUAGUACCGAGCCCACCCCACCUGAUGGGCCCACCACCCUGGGCCCCUUGGAUCUGUUGGCUAGAGAGGAGCUAUUAACCGACACCAGUAACUCCUCCUCAUCCACAGGAGAGGAAGGUGAGGCAGCUGACCUGGCCGCCCUGCUUCCUGACCUUUCUGGUCGCCUCCUCAUCAACUCAGUCUUCCACGUGGGUGCAGAGCGGCUGCAGCAGAUGCUUUUCUCAGAUUCUUCUUUCCUUCAGGGCUUCCUGCGACAGCGCAAGUUCACAGAUGUGACCUUAAGCCCCUGGAGUGGGGACAGCAAGUGCCACCAGCGCAGAGUACUAACAUACACCAUCCCCAUCAGCAACCCACUGGGCCCCAAGAGUGCGUCUGUGGUGGAAACACAGACGCUGUUCCGGCGCGGUCCACAGGCGGGCGGGUGCGUGGUAGACUCUGAAGUGCUCACGCAGGGCAUCCCGUACCAGGACUACUUCCACACUGCCCACCGUUACUGCAUCCUGGGCCUGGCCCGGAACAAGGCCCGGCUUCGCGUGUCCUCUGAGAUCCGCUACCGAAAGCAGCCGUGGAGCCUCGUGAAGUCGCUCAUUGAGAAGAAUUCAUGGAGUGGCAUUGAAGAUUAUUUCCACCACCUGGAACGGGAGCUCGCCAAGACUGAGAAGCUGUCCCUGGAGGAAGGUGGGAAGGAUGCCCGGGGGUUGCUGUCAGGCCUGCGCAGGCGGAAGCGGCCCCUGAGCUGGCGGGGUCAUGGAGAUGGGCCCCAGCAUCCAGACCCUGACCCCUGUGCCCGGGCAGGCAUACACGCGUCAGGCUCCCUCAGCUCCCGCUUCUCAGAACCAUCCAUGGACCAGGGCCCUGGGGCAGGUAUCCCCAGCGCCCUGGUUCUCAUCAGCCUUGUGAUCUGUGUGAGCCUCGUCGUCCUCAUCGCCCUCAACGCCCUCCUCUUUUACCGCCUGUGGUCCCUGGAGAGGACGGCCCACACCUUUGAGUCCUGGCACAGCCUGGCUCUGGCCAAGGGCAAGUUCCCGCAGACGGCCACAGAGUGGGCUGAGAUUCUGGCCUUGCAGAAGCAGUUCCACAGCGUGGAGGUUCACAAGUGGAGGCAGAUCCUGCGGGCCUCAGUGGAGCUCCUGGAUGAGAUGAAAUUCUCACUGGAGAAGCUCCACCAAGGAAUUACCAUCCCAGAGCCUCCCUUUGAUACCCAGCCACAGUCUGAUGACAGCUUCUCCUGAGGAUCCCUGACCACAAAGCUGACCCCCCUCAAAUGGACAGAAGGACACACGGAACUCCGGCGGCCACUGCUGGCACGGUGUGAGCGCCAGGAACCUCCUGCCCACCCCUCCUGGUGGCAUGGCCAGGAGCCCACAGACCUGAGGACCAUAGAACCAAGAUGCACUUUAGACCAGUGUGUGGGAGUCUGGCCACCACCGCCUGCUUGGCCAGGAAGCUGGCCUGGUCUUUGACAGGCUCCCCCCCACUAACUUAUUUUGCUUGACUGGGGUUGUGGGGGCCACCUCCUGGGGUGCACGAGACCCUUAGCUCUGAGUUUAAUGUAUUAUAUUUAUUUGGGGCAGACAGCCCCAAUAAAGGGUUGGAAAUGGA